ACAGGGAUUUAACCAGGAGCUGCUGGAAUACCACUGCCUCCAUCUGUUAGUGUGUCUGUGUUACUGUGUGGUACUUUUACUUCAGUAAAGUAUCUGAUUACUUCUUCCACCACUGAAAGUCACACAGUAACACAGACACACUAACAGAUGGAGGCAGUGGUAUUCCAGCAGCUCCUGGUUAAAUCCCUGUUUUUAUCAAUGGAGUCUGGUAGAGAUAUAUAGAGAUGUUUCAGGUUAAACUAACAGAUUAAUAAACACUCAGAUCUGAUUACAGAUGCAUUAGAGUCUGUUUGAAACCAGUCAUGAAAUGUUUAUAUACUGUUUAAAAUUCUUCGAGUGGAUCUGUGGCUGAGAUGUUCAGGCUUUGACUUUGUGAACUUUUUGUAAUAAAAAGUGUAAAAUUAGAAAAAGCUUUAAAAAAUAAUGUUUAUCUCUGUCUGAGGAACACACAGAGGAAACUUUAAAAAUACAAACGUGACAAAGGUAAAGAGUUAAAACACGUUGUUUAUUGACCGUGUUCAUUAAACACAACUUCCUGUUUCAGAAUAAUGCGCUGCAUAUUAUGUUUAAUUAUAAUUGCUGAAUUUCCCUCAGGAAUGUCUGUUAGUAACACUUCUCCCUCUUUAACCCUAACAGAGUGAAUAUGAGCGUAGAAUAGAGUAAAUGCAGAUUUUGUUGUGUGUUUCAAUGAUGUGGCUUUUAUUCUGAAGGAGCUGUGUCGGAAGUUACCUGGUUCACGAUCGUUUCUCGUCGCUACACCUUCACCGUUGUGUUUUGACCGUAACGUCCGGCACCGGUGUUACAGCGUGAAUCGUUCCCCCUCACAGAACGGUUCCCCGCGGAGUCUCAGUGUUUUCAGCGAUGUUUCCUUGAUCUCCGCCGCAAACGGUCGCGACACCGGAAGAGAGACAGACUGACGCUGAAAGCGUCGUUUCCUGAGAGGUUUAACCUUGGUGUUCUCAGGUUGAGGACGAUGUUGCAGCGGGUGGCGGUGAUCGGCGCCGGGGCGGCAGGACUCUGCACAGCCAGACACAUCCUGUCCCGUCCAAACAGCUUCGCCCCUCCGGUGGUGUUCGAACUCACCAGCAACGUCGGCGGCACCUGGUGUUACGACGAACGCAUCGGCACGUACGACAAUGGAUGGCCAAUUCAUAGCAGCAUGUACAGAGACCUCAGGACCAACCUGCCCAAAGAGGUGAUGAUGUUCCCUGAUUUCCCCUUUGACCCUCAGCUGAACAGCUUCCUGCCCCAUCAGGAGGUUCAGAGGUACCUGGAGAAAUACUGCCAGAGCCACAACAUUCGGCCUCACAUCAGGUUCAGCACCGUGGUGGAGAAGGUGAAACCCUUUGUUGUGACAAAGGAGGAUAAGGAGAAGACGACAACAUGGGAGGUGACGUCUUCUGAUUCGUCAGGAUUUCAGAAAACCGAGACUUUCGACUCAGUGUUUGUCUGCUCAGGGCACUACUCUGACCCACACAUCCCAGACAUACCAGGGAUGGGGAACUUUAAAGGAAAGGUGCUCCACAGUCAUUCGUACAGGUUUGCAGAGCCGUUCUCAGGUCAGUCAGUCGUGGUUCUGGGAGCCAAAGCUUCAGGAUUGGAUAUUUCCAUUGAACUGGCCAAAGCUGGUGCCCAGGUGACUCUGAGUCAUGGGCGUCCUCGUCUCACCUUUCCUCUUCCCUCUGGGAUUCAACAGUCCAGUCCAGUGGUAGCGAUCGAGGAUGACGGCAGCAUUCGCUUCCAGGACGGCUCCAUGGCUCGGGCUGAUGUCCUGAUGUUCUGCACCGGGUACAACUUCAGUUAUCCAUUCCUGGAUGGGGAUCAGCUGGGUCUGGAGAUCCAGGACCACAUGGUGUCUCCCCUGUACCGCUUCCUCGUGCCCCCCGCCUUCCCCUCACUCUUCUUCAUUGGCAUCUGCAAGAUCAUCUGUCCCUUCCCCAACUUUGAUUGCCAGGUCCAGUUCGCUCUCGCUGUGUUGGACGGCUCAGUCUCUUUACCGCCUCAGGCUGAGAUGGAGGACGAGGUCCGGCGAGCGCUGCAUGAAAAGGUGGAGUGUGGAGUCCAGCGGCGCCACCUGCUGAUCAUGGACCAGGAUCAGUGGGAGUACUGCCGGACGCUUGCUCAGACGGCCGGCUUCUCGCCGCUGCCUCCAGUCGUACGCAGCCUGUAUGAGGAGGUGUGGCGACAGCGACAGGUUCACCCUGAAAACUACCGGAGGAUCAACUACAGGCUUAUCAGCGACACCGAGUGGGAGGUGAUCAAUUGACUGAUGACAUAGUGCAGUAUUAAGAAGUACAGCUGAAACAACAAACAGAAAGAGAGUUCAGCAAAUACUAGAUUUAAGAAGCUCAUUGUGUCAAUUUUUUUUGAGGUGUUGAUUCAUCUCAAUGCACUCCGAUCAUUUUAUAAGCUGUAGUUCUGCAAAAUAUCUUAUGUCUUAAAUUCAGUGUUGAUGAAUUGUCCGAUAGUAGCAGUGUUCCAGUUACUGAUCGACAAAAGACAAAAUUAUGCACCACAUGAGCUCCAUCGUCACCUGCACUCCAUCACAUGAAGGCAUACUCAUUAGUGGCUCCAGGAUGACAAAGUUACCGGUUGGUUAGUUAAUCGGCCACUUUGGUCCAGACUGAAAUAUGUCACCAACCCCCAGGAUGGAUUACCAUGAGAUUUUGCACAAAAGUUGAUGUUCCCCGGAGGACGAAUCCGACUGUCUUUGAUGAUCCGCUUACUUUUCUUCCAGUGCCACCAUGAAGAUGGAAUUUUUUGGUCCAGAUUGAAAGAUCUCAACAACUAUUGGGUGGAUUGUCAACAUUUUAAUUUGACCAAACACCUGCAGAACUAAAGACAAUCCCAUCAGCUGUUGCUCAAACCACCACUGUGCCUUACAGCUGCUCGUAGCUGCUAGUAUGGCUGUAGACUCUUAAUGGAGCAAUUAACGUGUAGCCUUUGCAGUUAGCUACCACACCUCUCCACAAAAAUGUAGCUGCAUGUUGAGGCUACAUCAGUGACAGAGAUGUGAUGUGGAGAUGUCACGUAACUUUAGCACAGUUACUUCCACUGUUGGUCGCACAAAGGAACUCUGCUAUUAAGUAAUGAGACGCUUCCUCUACCAUUCAGUAUCACAAACUGAAUGAAAGAAUGAAACAGUUAUUAUGAAGAAUAUAAUCAGAGUAGUCUGCCUGAUCACAUCUAGUGUUGUGGUGGUGAAAUCAGACGCUGGAACUAUAAAUCAAGACCUGAACUUGGGUAUCUUUGGCCUUUGGUCACUGCGACCUUCAUUCUCGUUGAUACCUAAAACCCAGCAUGACUUCAUUUCUCUUUCUCUUGAAAUAAAAACAUGAAGUGUC